CACUCAUGCGCCUCGCAGUACUUUCUAUGAACUUGAUAUGUUACCAUAUCAGAUAUGGACGACAUCAAUGGGCGCUUGCCGCAUCCUCCCGAUGUUGACUUAGAAGCUGUCUCUCCCACUACGACCGAAACAAAACGAAAAGCCUUGUCCCAGACCCCCCCUCUUUCCAAGAAUUCCUCAAAUCCGCACUAUCAGCAGCUGGAUUUACCGCGGUUGGUUAAGCGUGAUCUCCCUUUCAAGCAAAGUAAAAACAAAUUGCGCGUGGGUCACGAUCAUGGUUGGAAAAUAUAUUGGCUUCUUCGGUAUGAUUGGUUCCAUGCGUUUCUACGACUACCCACGACAUUUUCGCUGGUUUCACUGUUGGCACUCUGGACGUCCAUGAUCAUUCUAUUCGCUGGUAUCUACGUUGGCGUCGAUCGUCAAAGUCCUGCUGUCUCAUGCGGACUUGGUGACGCUAACGAUCCUAUUAAGUUUGGAGCGGCUUUUGCUUUUUCUCUAGAGACCUGCACAACUGUAGGGUAUGGACUUCCAUCAGGCACUAACGCAUUCUUUGAAAACUGCCGGGGUCUACAAAUUGCAAUCUACUUUCAAAUGGUAUGGUCAAUGAUGUUUAACGCAUUCUUAUUCGCUUUCUUUUACACUCGAUUGGGACGAAGCGAAUUGCGGGCAUCCCAGGUUCUCAUGGCCGACAAGGCAAUCGUCUCCAUUGUCGACGGCCAGGUCCGGUUCCAGAUCCGGAUGGUGGACAUAGACGCCAAGCAUCCGGUUGUUGAAGCUCAUGUGCGGCUGUACGCUCUCUCUAAAAGAAGACCUGUUCCGAGGCCACUUCGUAUCAUCGAACCGGAUGACGAUCUAGGCGCCACGAUUUUAUUAUCGUUCCCAAGUGUGGUGAGCCACCAUAUUGAUCUCUACAGUCGCUUGUACCCAUGCAACCCAGAAUACAAGGUUCCAGUGCGCUCUCCUGGUUUAGUCUUGAGGCAAAUCGAUUCGUCUGCCACGAACCGGGAAGAAGUUAUUUGUCCUAUAUGUGCUGAAGCUUAUGGGACAAUUGAAAGGCUGCGAACGCAUAUUCGUUACCAACAAAUUGUCGAGCAACAAGAGGAUUAUCCCGUUGAUGGCACUCACCUUUCACUUAGCGAAAAAUUCUUAAAUGAGCUGAUAGUACCGACCCACAAUCUCAGGGCACUAAAAGAUCAUUUUGAACAAGAAAUUUCGGAAAUCAUUUGCGUCGUUGAGGGAAUUGACCCAUUGAUGUCAGGCACGUUCCAGGCCCUCCAGUCAUAUCGCUUCGAAGAUAUUGUUUGGAGCGAAUCUGCGCGCUUCACUCCGUGUCUGAACAUGAAUGG